ACACAACAAAUCUUUUAAUUUUACAUACAAUUAAUUUCAAGGAAAAGAAGGGGGGGAAGAAAGAAAACCUUUUGAUUGUGUUUUGUUUUAUACCAUUAUGCAUUUAUGAUUAUGAUGUACUUGUGAUGUCACAGUUCUUUUCUGGUUGUCCAACAGUUUUCAACAAUUGGCCUGUAACCCUAUUUCUUCUUUGGUUUGUUGAACAGUUGAGAAAAGUAUUAGAUGAAGUGUAUUGUAGAGGAAAGCUGGUAGGUACAUAUUGGUUUUGCCAUUGAGGGAAGGAUGGGAGGUCAAAGCACUUAUGUUCCACCAGCUUACAUUCCCUUGGGACAAUCAGAUAUAGAAGCUGAGGUUGUUGCACCCAAUGAUGAAAUCCCUGUCUCUGCUCAUCCUGGCAUAAGCAGUGCCCCUGCACAGUGGUCUUCUGGAAUCUGUGCUUGCUGCGAUGAUCUGCAGAGCUGUUGUAUAGGUCUUGUAUGCCCCUGCUUUCUUUUUGGAAAAAAUGCAGAGUUUUUGGGAUCUGGAACUUUGAUAGGAUCAUGCAUGACCCAUUUCAUUUUGUGGGCUCUUGUGAAUACUGUUUGUUGCUUGUUAACUGAUGGCAUUCUUUUGGGGUUGCCUGGAUGCUUUGUUGCAUGUUAUUCCUGUGGCUAUCGCAAGGCACUGAGGGCAAAGUAUAACCUGCAGGAGGCACCAUGUGGAGACUUCGUGACUCAUUUUUUCUGCCAUUUGUGUGCCGUUUGUCAAGAAUACAGGGAAAUCCAUGAAAGGUCUGGUGAUUCUGGUUCCCCUGAUCUAUCUUUGGUGGCAGUCAAAGCUCCUCCGGUCCAGACGAUGGAACUGGCUUCCACCAAAUAAUGAUCUUUUACCUAUUUUUCUUCUAUCAAAUCAUAGUGCAUUUAUAUCUUGACUUGAUCACUCUAUCCUCUACCAGAGUUUAUUACUCAAGCCUGUUGUUUCAUUUUUCAUCAUGUUCAUAGUGUGGUCAGUUGAGUUUGUGUAAAUGUUGUACAAGCUAACAAAUCUACCAAACAUUUUUUACUUGCUGACGUGGCAUUGAUCAUAUCAUGAAGCCGGUCAUGUUUCAUUUUUCGAAGUUUUUGUGCAACACAUCAGUUAGUAAAAAAAAUUUGUAAGAUUUGUUAUUUUUGUAUA